AUGUUUUUCAAGAAACAUGAAGAACCCAAGGCUCUUGGAGCAGGAGAGAGACUAAACCUUCUUUCCAACCGACUAACUGGGUCGAUAUACUAUGAAGAUAGAGCAGAUGCACUCGAAAAGAUCUUGGAAAUGUCGAAGGUCUAUCCAGUUGAGGUAGGUGUCCAUGCACUUGAGGAUGUAAUCUGCUCGAUGGAAAGGAUGGAUGACGUGUCUAUUCAUUUGAAAAUACUCAGUAACGUUCUUCGAUGUAUCCAUCGACUAGAGUUUAUCGACAUUAUUGUCAAGAACUCCGAAAGCCUGAGAAUAUUAUGUGACUGCAUUGGAAAUGGAAAGAGCGGAAAAGAAGUGUAUGAUUUACUCUGUGUGCUAAGUGUUUCCGAAUUCUUUUCUCCUAAGGCUGUAGGAAUUCCAAGCAUGGCUCACUACUGCGUUCAAAUGGUUAAGGAAAAAAGGAUGGGACUAAUACCUAGGCUUGCCUUGGGAGAUCUGAACUUCAGAAGGGAGCUUACGUUCAUGGGCAUAUUUGAAAAUCUUCUGAAGGAGCUUCAAGAUGAAUUUUCCAGAGACGCAAUGUCCACACUAGCAUUAUUGCUUAAAGACAGCCCAUUCAACCAGAAUUACUUUAAUGAGCUAAGGUGGGAUUUUCUUCUAAAAUACAUAGACAAACAUCCCAAUGAGGUGUUUGAUGUUUUAUCUGCCUUGAUAGAUCUUAAGAACAUUGAAUUCCAAAAGCUUCAGUCUUCUGUCUAUAGGAGGAUUGACCUUGUAGUUCUUCUUGAAUUUAGAAGAUGGGACUUGUUGUAUCUCAUUGUAAAAGAUAAUCAACCAUACACAGAAAAACUUCUUGAGACAUCGGUAUUCGACAAAAUUGAGGAAUGGCUUCCCAAGGAGACCCUUACAACAAAACAGAAUGAACUCUACUUGCUGGUUGAUUACCUUUUGUUUUGGAGUAAUCCUGACGUCUCAAAGAUGAACUCGUACAAGAUAUAUACAAUGAAGAGCCUAAGAGAGCAGGACAUCUCUACAAACGAUCUUAUGGAAGGAGCCUUCAAAAUAAUUGGUCAGCUCGAUAGUAGAGAAGAGACUGUAGUAUUUGAUGCAUUGAUAUUUAUUAUUUUCAACUUCGAAAAGAGUAGGGCUGAAAAAAUGAUCUCUGUACUUUCAGAGAUAUUCUGUGAUUAUACUAAGCCUAAGCUCCACAGGUUUCUCUGUCUUAUUAUUCUCCUCAUGCUGGAGACACCGGUAGACAGGGUUAACAUCAACCAUUAUACUGCAUACCAUCUGUUAAGAGAGGCAAGAUUCCUUUUAUGUUCUAUCGACCUGAAUUCCCCACUCUAUCUCACAAAUGAAAUGGUGGACAUUCUUGUAAAUAACAUUGGAGACCUUGUCCGUAUCAGAUGA